AUGUUCUUCUUCUGGACGUUAGCCACCUUCACAGCUCCCGUGCUCGCCGCCCUCCCUCGACAAGUCCAGGUUCUUUCAGACGGAUCCGUGCACGCCUUCUCUCAUGCUCACCUUGGGCCCUCUGCGAGCCUACUCCGGCGGCAAAGCAUAGCGGCGCUCACAGGCUUGACCCGCUCGACGCCUUCGCCUUCGAUUGCAGCAAAUGUGAGCAGCGGUCUGGCCGGUGAGCUGGCGAAUGUCACGAACUCCAUUGAUCACCUGCAAGGCGAUGUAUCCUCGGCAGAGGUUAUGCGCGUGCGCCUCGACGGUCACGGCGACACCCUGGAGAUUGUGAGCACCAUCAUUUUUACCAUGACAGUGUGUGUGUGGCUGGUGGUCGCAUUCAAAAUCCUGAGCUGGCUUUACCCCGCACUGUAUUCUCAAAGAGAGCUUGAGCAAAGAGGCUGCAGUGAAGGUGUCGGACUUGCCGAAGCUAUCGCGGAUGUAACAUCAUUGUGGCACCAGAUUUCCGUUGCCAUGUUCUUGAAGGAGGAGGAUGUCCUGGAAGUCCAGGGUCUGGACGCAUGGAUGCACAUGCAGUUUCAAUGGCUGUCCUUGCGGAUUAUCGCAUCCCUGUGCUUGGUUCCAGUCAUCGUUUGCCCAUUGCACUGGACUCACGUCCAAACGCAAAGCUCUGAGCUCUUCUCGCGAUUCAAUCUGGCGGUCAACGAGGAUCGUUACUUCGUGUUGUGGAUCCACGUCGGAGUUGUUUGGGCGGUGGUGACGCUGACGACUCGACAGCUGCACUUGGCCAUGAAGCAGUUUGUUCCUGUCCGAUACCGCUGGCUCAGUGCAAUGGACUUCCCGCAAUCCACCACAGUCUUGGUGCAGGGAAUGCCAGAGUCCAUGUCUUCAGACGCACGCCUACAGUCUUACUUUGCCGGCCUUUUUGGGGACAAUGCGGUCGUGCGUUGCUAUGUCGUGCGCAACACUCGGCUUCUGCAAAGGAAGCUGGAGAGGCUUCGCAAAGCUGAGCGGGAGCUUGCAAAGGCAGUCCUGAGGAGCCAGGCCGAAGGUUCGGACCCAGCAUCUUCGGAGUUGGUUCAGUUUCGGCGUGAGUCGCUUGCUGACAUCAAGGAGGAGGUAACUGCCGAAAGAGUUCGGUUGGGGCGGUUGAGCCAUGCACUGGACCCCGAUGUCUGCACAAGCACUGGCUUCGUGACCUUCCGCACCCGACUGGACAUGAGACUCGCAGCCCGGGAACAACUCGGCACGGAUGCGUUUGCCCUUGUCUUGCAGCAGGCACCAUCGCCUAUGGAUGUGUCCUACGAUGCGCUGAUUUUGCGACCCAGUUUCACACUCCAGCGCUUGGGAGCCCUCAGCACAUUCGGGGUGUUCUUGGCCUUUGUCCCGGCUGUAGUCUUCGUCUCCACUUUAUUGAAUCUGAAUUCCUGGCAGCAGGUUUUUCCGGCCAUCGGCAGGCUGAGGCACUCUGUUCCCAUCGCUAUGGAGAUGCUGGAAGGUGUGCUGGCAACGCUGAGUCUCAAGCUCAUGCUUAGCUUCAUUCCAGCGGUGCUACUGAGACUGGUCAGGGCCUUCUCCAAACCAGUGUCCAACUCAUCCGCCCAGCUCCAGCUCCAGCGCACCUACUUUGCCUUCCUGGUUGUCUUCGUGCUGCUGGUGACCUCUUUUGCGCAGGAAGGCCUCAUCACCACGCUUCUCUUCGUGGCCCAGCAGCCGACCGCCAUUGUGCCCCUGCUGGCCAAGUCCUUGCCUCUUACAUCCCGCUUCUACGUAAAUUACUUGGUGCUUGGGUGGGGCUCGUGCAUGUGCGAGCUCCUGCGACCUGCCCCGCUUGUCCUCUUCCUGAGCCUUCGCGAAUUUACGAGCCAGGAUGAGGCCAGGCUCCGGGCAGAGGAGGACUCCGUGCUUAUGGGGACUCGAGCAGCAAGAUCGACCUUCAUGCUGGUCAUUGCGUUGGUCUUUUGCUCCAUUUGCCCUCUUGUCCUCCUGGUUGCCUUUGUCUACUUCCUGGUAGAGCGUUUCGCCCAUGGCUACCUGUUCAUGGCUGCUGAGCCUCGUCAAGGCGAUACAGGAGGCGAGAUCUUUGUGCAGGCGCUCAAGCAGGUGCACGUGGGAUUGAUGAUCUACGUGCUGCUGAUGGUGGGAGUGCUGGGCGCACGUGGCGCUGAAUUCAGCCUCCCUCUGGUGGUCCUGCUGCUUGUGGUGAUGUGGUCCCUCCACGGCAUGGAGGGCUACUUGUGGGCAAACUUGCCGUUGGACAGGGUGUUUGACCUGGAUGAUGCCGAUCCGGCGUUUGAGGAGGGCCUCGAACACGAGGUUUAUGAGCAAGCGGAGUGCCGGGCCGCAGAGCCAUCGCCAGCUCCUCCACAGAUCGUCGUGUCCAGGGUGUCACUCAACAUGCCUACGACGCCCGUGGCACCGCCUGCCGCCCCCUCCGUGGCACCGCCGCCCGCAAGAUCAUCGCAACCCAGCCGUCCCAGCCCCAGCUCUCCGACUCUGCGGCGACAGCGUGCAGGCGCAGGGAAACCGCCCGAAGAGACUGGUACAGAAAGAAGCAACCAGGAUCAAGAAGAACACGAGUUCUGA